UCACAUGACAUUAUUCACUCCUUGUCAGCUGACCGAGUCGAGUUUUCAGUCUUGUGGUCAGAUUUGUUAAUAGUUGGAAGAAAUGGGUGCUUCGUAUAUCCCUUUCAUCGUGUUCACCACCCUGUGGGCUAUCGUGGGAAUAGUGUUGCCUUUCGUUGUGCCAAAGGGACCGAAUAGAGGGAUCAUUCAGGUGGUUCUCAUGCUAACGGCUGCGACCUGCUGGCUGUUUUGGCUGUGUUGCUACAUGGCACAGAUGAACCCGUUGAUUGGCCCCAAACUAGACAGGCACACAAUCAUGAUUUUAGCUAAAGAAUGGGGCAACUCUCCGAUUACUUUAGCAAAAUAAUGAAUUGAUCGCACCAGUUAAUCAGCAUUAAAUUUCCAUUUCGUCAAGUAUUCAGUAUAUGUUGUAUAUAUAUUACUACAAAUGUAUGUAUGAGUAGAGUUUUUAUUUAGUUGAAGCAAGAAGGAAAAAACAACUGUAGGUUAUUCAUUAUUAGUGUGUAAUGUUAUGUUAAUAGUAAUAAAUUAAUGUCGCUCCGUU